UACUGGAUAAAUGAAUACACCUCCACUUUGGGGAUCGGUGUCUUCCACUCUGGCAUCGAGAUCUACGGCAGAGAGUUUGCCUAUGGAGGGCAUCCCUACCCUUUCAGUGGGAUUUUCGAGAUCACACCUGGCAGUGCGGUAGAACUUGGCGAGACCUUUAAAUUCAAAGAAUCCAUUGCCUUGGGCACCACAGAUUUCACAGAAGAGGACGUGGAUAAGAUUAUGGAAGAGCUGGGCAAGGAAUACAAAGGAAAUGCGUACCACCUGAUGCACAAGAACUGUAAUCACUUUUCUGCUGCUCUGGCUGAGAUACUGUGUGGGAAAGAGAUCCCCCGCUGGGUGAACCGCCUGGCCUACUUCAGCUCCUGCAUCCCCUUCCUCCAGAGUUGCCUCCCCAAGGAGUGGCUGACUCCAGCAGCCCUGCAAAGCCACAUCAGCCUUGGCCUCCACAAAGAGGAGCAGGGGAACACGAUGGAUGAGGAGUCCCCUUCCACCUCUGCAGCCCCCUCGGCCUCAGGCACAUCGCGAACCUGUCGGCAUACCCGGGUCUAAGCUGUGCCCAGUAUGCCCUCAAGUAACAUCCCUCUCUCUUGUACUGUUUCUUUCUCACGCCUUUUCACACACUUUGGUUUCUCUCUUCUUCAACGGACAACACAAGGGAGGGAAGACCCUUUCUACUGAGGAGGUGAAGCUUCAGUCCCUUUUCCAAGAACUGCCACUACAGUCACUUGGCAGAAUGACUGUGAAGCCCAACACUGAACUGAGGAGUGUGGUGACUAAACUGGAUUCUCCUUCCAGGGCCCCCACGCUUCUCAAUCCACAGAGAACUGCUGGCUCUCUUGGGCAUGAGCACAUGCCUGUGGGCAGGAGGGCACCAUACUGUGAUGUUCCUUCUCUGGAACUGUUUUAUCUUUUUAUUUCUUCCCCCACCCAUGUGAGCCCAGCAACCUGCUCUCUAUUUUGGAUGGGUUUGUCAUUCCCCUAUGACAAAUCUCCUGCCCACACCCAGUGAAGGAAGCAAAGCCAGAACUCAACCUUCUCAACUCUUAGACCAGCAACAAGCUCCACUCAGCCCCACCCAUUUUGUAAUUAUCGGGUUUCUAACUCAUGUGAAGGACAAAUGAAAGGUGCUGCUGUUCUAUAACCGCCAGUUUUCAGUACUGAAAUUUAAGAGCUUGAAUGACUGUCCUGCUCUUGAAAAUAACAACAGAGA